CAAGUUGUCACUUAUUAACCAGCGAGUUAACCAAAUAUGAUAAAUUCUACCGGCUCACACUUAGACUGUCAAAGCUUUGGCUUUUCAUUGUUUAGCUCUUCCGAGUGCCAUUGUUAGGAUGGACGGGAAUAACUCUUCCUGAGACGAUCACUCAGAGUCUGUAUUUUAUUUAACACACUGCUGCAUUUGAGAGGAAACAAAGAAAAGAAAAAGCUUUAUCUACAAGCCAAAUCAGUCACACACUGCACACUUCUCCCGGGAUCAUGCUGUGCUCUUAUUUACGUCCCUCUCUCCUUCACAUUUUGCCGGUGAGGCUCUUGAGUUCUGCGGCCUCCAGGGUGGCAGCGGUGAAGCAGCAUGAACUCCUCUCAGACACUCUGGCCUUUGAGGACCCCCGUGCCUUCAAGGUGAAGAGUCUGGGUGAGCUGCUUCGUGCUCUGGGCGUUUUCCGCCUCUGCUCCUUCCCAGUGCUGGUUAAUAACUGUGGAAAGUUGAUGUCGGUGGCACGCACGCUCUUGGGAAAAAGGGGCUUUUCCUUGCUGCUGAGGCCCACUGUGUAUGCCCAGUUUGUGGCUGGAGAAAAUGAGGCUGAAAUCUCGCAGUCGAUGCAGAAGAUGAGCCUGCAGGGACUGAGACCCAUGCUGGCCGUGCCGAUCGAGGAGGACCUCGGCGAAAGCACCGGUGAGAAAAGAUACGACGACAACAUGGACAUCAUGCUGGAGUGUGUGCGAAUGUCCCACAGCAACGCUUGGAGCAAAGACCCGAUGAUGCAGCUGAAGAUCACAGCGCUGCUCAGCCCAGAGCUGUGUGUAAAACUCACAAACGUCAUCAGGCAACAGCCAUACGAUCUGAAUCUCCUCAUCAGAUCAAUGGAUGGUGAGCCAAUCAGCUUCCCCGGUUUAGAUGAAAAGGAAGCUGCCCACUUACGAUCUGGCCUACUGAGACUCAACAAGAUAGCCGAGGCAAGUGUGAACAAAGUCAGAGUCCUGGUUGAUGCUGAGUACACCUACAUGAACCCCGCCCUCUCUCUUGUCACCAUGGCAAUGAUGAAAAAAUUUAACAAAGAUGGUACCUGGAUCUGGAACACAUAUCAAUGUUACCUGAAGGACUCCAGGUCUCUCCUCUUAGACGUGCUGUCUCUAUCCAAGAAUGAGGGUUUCUGUUUGGGUGUCAAGCUGGUGAGAGGAGCCUACAUGGACAAAGAGAGAAAACUAGCGAUGAAAGAGGGUCACCAGGACCCCAUCCAUCAGAGCUGGGAGGACACCAAUGACAGUUAUAACGGAUGCCUUGAUGUGAUGCUGGAUGUCAUAUCCCAGGAACCUGAGCGGUACAGGAUCAUAGUGGCCACUCACAACGAGGAGUCAGUGAGACGAGCUGUGAAAAGAAUGGAGGAGUUGGGGAUAGACAGAGAUGGAGGCUCAGUGUGUUUCGGUCAGCUGCUGGGCAUGUGUGACCACGUCUCCCUUACACUGGCUAAGGAGGGUUACUCAGUGUACAAGUCGGUGCCCUAUGGCUCAGUGGACGAAACGCUGCCCUACCUGGUGCGCAGAGCUCAGGAGAACCGCACGGUGUUGCAGGGAAUCCGGAAAGAAAGAGACCUACUGAGGAAAGAGCUCAAUCGGAGACUCCGGCUGAGUUUAAGGGGAGGCAGCUAACAAUCAACCAACACUGAACUCUGCAGUUUUAUAUUAAAGUUUGCAACCAGGAGGUGGUGUGGAAAAGAGCACUGUUGUUAAAUACACUUCCAUAUCUCUUGAAGGUGUAAUAUCCAGAAAGCUCCUGAAAACUACUACUGGGCCUGUUAUUUAGCAACAGAAGGUAAACUGAAUUAGGUAUAAAACCUUUAAUUGACAAUGAUAUGAUCAUGUUAACUCGUGUGGGUGAACUGAAUAAAGAUCUGAUCAUGAGAGAACACUGUAUUUGAUGGACAGGGUAUCAAAAGAUUGCUUUCGUGUACUUUAAUGUAUGGAAUGCUUAUGGAAUUAAAAAAAAAAUAGAACAUGAUGCUCAGAAAUGAGGAUUUAUAAAACUAGACUGAAGAAACAGAUUCAAACUUCUCUACAGACUAAGCUGCUCUUGCAAGAUUUUUGGGGAAUUUAAUAAACAACUUUCCACUGCUUCGCCAGAAAGUGAUUCAAGUUGCUGUGAAGCAUCAACUAAUCAGUAAUAAAUGUCAGCGGUAGUGACACAGUGACUGUUCCAUGGUUAGUAUUUACCCAAGUUUACCAAAGCACUAAAGCUUGUAUGUGUGCCACAAAAGACGUAACACUUUGUAAUUAACCGUCAACCCUGAUAAACAUCGACGUUAAUGAUUUUGAAUGUGGUGUGGGGAGGAUUCAGUUUUCCACACAUUUUUUAAAAGUUUUGUUCCAUGCUUUAGUGUCUUUGUGCUAAUUUAAAAAACAAAAAAAAACAAAGAACAAACACCAAAACACACUUUAUUUAUUUGAUAAUUAUAAGUCAAUAACACAUUUUUAUUCCUUAACUGUACUGCCACACUGUAACGUCAGUAAUUUCUGUUAGAAAUAAUAAAACUUCAUAUUUAACGGAAGUGGAAUAUUACACUCUGCAGUUGCUGAGACAAAGCAACACUAGCAGACAUUGGAGUAGCAGCAAAACAGUUUUAUUGAGGGAGCACCGCCAAGAGCCAAGCACACAAACAUGAGGUGUUGAUCUUGUUUUGAAAUGAAGACCAGCUCUA